AUGUCCAACACAACUUCAAGCAUCACGUCUACUGAAGUACCCUCCUUGAAUCCGGAUCGUGGCGAUAUCAUCACGCCCGCGCAAGACUUCGCUACCGCGGGAAUGGUCAAGCUUCAACACGAUGUAUAUUGCUACGAUAAUGAUCAGCAGUAUCCGAUCAGCGCAUACGAGAUCGAUUCAACAAAAAGUGUGAGGUUCUAUGCGGAGCGCAAGGAUGGGCAGAGCUGUGGAUCAAAAUCUCUUAUUGAAUACGCUUGGUCACCAGAGGACGAUCGUAACGUCCGAUUGAAGUGCGACAAGAAUAUCUUGUUUUUAAAGGAAUCCCUGAAGAGAAAGUCGUCGAGGUCGAGGAGUAUGAAACGGCAGUAG